ACUAUUGAAGUGAGCCCUCCAGAGCAGCAGUAGCAGGAAGAAGGGGCUGGGCUAAACGGACACUGAUGAACAGGCUGUUAGCGAAUUGUCUGAAAUAACAAGUGGCUUAAACGUGCAAAGGUGAACUUGAGCUCUGCUGCAGGGACCUUUCCCUCUCUGUAUCCAGCUGCAGUGAUGUGGUUCAUGGAGAAGAUGAAAGCAUCACCUGGAAACAGCAACCUACGGAGUCCUUCCUUCCUGGGGCUGCAGCCUGGUCAGAUGGUGUCAGAGAAAGCCCGAGUAGGGGCAGCUGGUUUUCCCAACGUUUUAACCCCAGACAGGAUCCCAGAGUUCUGCAUCCCACCCAGACUGACCAUUUCCUCUCCGCAUGACCGCUGCCUGGCAGAGGCCAGUCUGCAUCCUCCUGGCAUUGCUGAUUUUGGCCCCAGCCCAUUCUUGCCACAUCUCAUCCAGAUAGAAAGCGUUGAGGAGAUUCCAGCCCUGGAGGAGGACUGCUCCAACUUGGACCCGCAGUCCCAGGCAGCGCUGUCCCUGCCCCACUUCCCCAAAGCCCAGACCUCCUAUGGCUUUUGCACCUUGCUGGAGAGUCCCCACACCAGGAGGAAGGAGUCCAUCUUCCACAAUGACUCACGCAGCAGCUCUCUAUCCAGCUUGAUGGUGCCUCGAUCCAGAGCCAAUACCUGUGGUGGCACAGGGGCAGCUUCCAGCCCCAUUGCCAUUAGCUCUGUCUCUGCCAGAGUGCCUUCUAAGCAUCCACUCCUGCACAGGCAAGCUGCAGUGGACAGUGAUACUACCUCUUCCACUGACUCGACUCCUUUCAGCUCCCCACUGCUGAGUAGAUCUCCUCCCAGAUCCUGCCCAUUGUUCAAAGCUCGGAGCCAAGAGGGGCUGCUUGGCAGGGCACUGAGAGCAAGGAACAAGUCCAGCACGAUAAGGAACAACUCCUUAUCGACAGAUGAAAGCAGCUCCAAUGAUAACAGCCCCAAUGCCACCAGGAGGUCUUCAGAGGGGCUAGUUGAGUCCUUCCGUACGCGGAGCUUUAACCUGUCACAUUCCGCUAUUUUCCCCCUGGACCUUACCUGUGGCCGAGAGAGGCUUGUUGGGGAGAGCACAGUGCUACUGGGCAGAGGAGGGUUGUUGAGACUGUCAGCUGAGUAUUGUUCAGAAACCAGAAGGCUGAGACUCCGUCUGAUCAGUGCAGAGGGUUUAUAUGAUGCGUCUGUGGAGCCUAAAAGCAUAAACUGCUGCAUCACCUUCUCCCUUGUGCCAGGGAAAGUACAGAAGCAGAGAAGCACGGUUAUAAAACAGAGCAGAAACCCCAUCUUUAAUGAGGAUUUUUUCUUUGAUGGCAUUGCAGAAGAGGAUUUGUACAGCUUUUCGGUGAGGAUGAAAGCUACGAAUAAAGGGUGUAGCUUGAAAAGAGACAGUGUGUUAGGGGAAAGUGAACAGAGUUUAGUGAAUAUUUUAUCCCUCUAAAAUGCCAGGCAAGCAAGUGGAUAUUUAUUUUUGUAUUUUUAAAGUG